UUCUUUGCCUUUUUAGAUUUCCAUACUCGGAGUUCAUUUUGUUCCCGUGUGGAUGUUUACUGCCCUCGGAGGAAGCGCCGUCGUAUCAGUGAAUCAUUUGUUGUUGAAAGCAGUAUAUUUGAGGCUAAAAAACCAUCCAUUGAAAUUAUCCCAGAUGAAUGUUUAUUUGAGAUCCUCAGACGCUUACCAGGCCGAGAGAGGAGUGCCUCUGCUUGUGUUUCCAAGCGUUGGCUAAUGCUUUUGAGUAGCAUCCGGAGCUCUGAGUUUUACCGGAGCAAGACCCCGCGAGGAAAAUUUAAUCUAGCGAAGGUAGAUCCAAUUUCAAAUAAUCAGGUUCCCAAUAAUAUAGAACUGAGCUCUGAAGAUCAGGAUCUUGAAGUGGAGUGUGAUGGAUACCUCACGAGGAGCGUAGAGGGAAGGAAAGCAACGGAUGUUAGGCUUGCUGCCAUUGCAGUUUGUACCGCCAGCCGGGGUGGACUAGGAAAGCUUUCAAUUCGAGGAAGUAAUUCUCUGCAGAGUGUUUCUAGCGUCGGGUUGUCUGCAAUUGCUCGUGGUUGCCCGUCGCUCAAGGUUCUUUCAUUGUGGAAUGUUCCAUCUAUUGGUGAUGAAGGUCUUUUUGAAAUUGCAACGGAGUGCCAUUCAUUAAAGAAGCUAGAUCUUUGCCAAUGUCCUUCAGUUUCAAACAAAGGUGUACUUGCAAUUGCAGAAAACUGUCCCAAUCUAUCUUCAUUAACAAUUGAAUCGUGUUCAAAUAUCGGGAACGAGAGUCUGAAAGCCAUUGGAAAAUAUUGCACUAAACUUCAGUCGGUCACUAUCAAAGACUGCCCAUUUGUUGGGGAUCAGGGUGUUGCGAGUCUCUUGUCAUUAGCUUCUGCAGUCUUGACAAAGGUGAAACUUCAGACUCUAAACAUCACAGAUUUCUCGGCUGCUGUAAUAGGCCACUGCGGAAAGGCAAUUACCAAUCUUGUCCUCAGUGGGCUUCAAAAUGUGAGCCAGAAGGGCUUUUGGGUAAUGGGUAAUGCGAAAGGUCUGAGCAGCCUUUCAUCUUUAAUGAUCACUUCAUGUAGGGGAAUGACGGAUUUGAGCCUUGAAGCACUCGGAAGGGGCUGUCCAAGCUGUAAACAGAUAUGCCUUCGCAAGUGCUGCUUUGUGUCCAACACUGGGCUUGUAGCACUCGCCGAAGCUGCCAACUCUCUUGAAAGCUUGCAAUUAGAAGAGUGCAACCAGAUCACCCAAACUGGGAUUUUAAAUGCUCUUUCGAACUGUAAUUCGAAGUUAAAGUCUCUUUCCCUGAAUAAGUGCAUGGCAGUUAAGGAUCUGUCUCCCGAAUCUUCAAUGCUAUCCCCUUGUGAAUCUCUUCGAUCCUUGUCCAUCCGAGGCUGCCCAGAAUUUGGAAGUACUAGCUUGGCUAUGAUUGGGAAGCUAUGUCCCCAGCUACGUCAUUUAGAUCUCAGUGGACUUUGUGGAAUCACUGAUUCUUGUCUUCUGCCUCUUUUUGAGAGCUUUCAGACAGGAUUGGCUAAGGUUAAUCUUAGUGGGUGCCUAAAUUUGACCGAUGAAAUAGCAUUUGCCCUUUCUAAAUUGCAUGGUGGAACACUUGAAUCACUAAAUCUUGAUGGUUGUAGAAAUCUUAGCGAUGCAAGUUUAAUGGCGCUGGCACUGAGCUGCCCAUUGCUCAACGAUAUUGACGUUUCUAAGUGUUCAAUCACUGAUUCUGGUAUUUUUGCUCUAUCCUAUGGAGUGCAAACAAAAUUGCAGAUUCUUUCCUUGUCGGGCUGCUCGAUGAUAUCAAACAAGAGCAUGCCGUCUCUGAAAAAAUUGGGAAGGACACUGGAAGGAUUGAAUCUCCAGCAUUGUAAUUCCAUUAGUAACAGCACUAUUCAGUUUCUCACAGAGGAUUUGUGGAGAUGCGAUAUUCUAUCAUAAGCAAAUUGAGAAGGAAAAUCCGUGCACAUUGCCUGGAGGAACUCAAAGAUGAUUCCGCUCACAUUUCUUUGGAGGUUCUAGCCUAUCUACCGUGGGCGUUUAUCUCAGUUGACUUGGUUUAUUUCCAGGGAGAUCAUGGCGUGUUCUUUUUCAUCACCCUUUUUUGAAGGCAUCCUUGUAUUUAAAAUAGCGUUGUAACCUUUUAGUCGCUCAUUCAGGAGGCUGCGUCUUUCGCUGCAUUCGGUUUCCGUGGGAAUUCAAUUUCCAAGUCCUUGCCUUCUGGUUUUCACUUAUGAUGCUCCAUUUCAAUCAAUGUUAACCAUGACUGGUACAUAAUACUCGUUAAUAUAAUAAACUAGAUUUUAGCUGUCAAGACCAUGUUUUUUUUCGUAAGAUUCUCCACUCCUAAGUUGCUGAUUCCCUGCUUUUUUGUUUUGUACUAAGAAUCUACUGCUUCAGAUGUAAUGAUGAAACUCAGUUUGUUCCAAUUGUUUUUACGUGUAUCACUUUUGUGUCC